AUGGAAGACGGCAGUUGGGGUAGGUGUGGCCUAGGUCGCAAUGGGUGUUCAUUUUUGGAGAAGAAAUCGUUAGAAAGGCGCAAUCGCAGGCACCGCUCGAAAGCCGCGCGUCGCGGAGGUCGAGGGGUCCGAGGGGCCGGCGGCCGAGGGGCUACUCACAGUCCGUCGCGCGCGCAGCGCACGGGGCCGAAGCGGCCGUCGUCCGUGCAGCGCGGCCGCGCCUCCGCCACGCCCACCGCGCCCGCCGCCUCCGCCGCGUCGAACUGCGUCUGCUGCUGCACGCAGGGCGUCGCCAUGGGCGCGCAGCGCAGCUCCUCCGAGCAGAAGAGGCGCGGCCCGCACACGGCCGCCGGGAUCGCCUCCACUGCCGACAAGCAGGAGAGGACGCAGCUAAUCAACGGUCGGGGAUAUUUGCGAAAGAGUCUCAAAGCAUUCUGAAGAAUUCUGUGAAUGUCUGACGUUGAGUGGUG